GUAAUAUUCUCUGAACUAAGGAUGAUACCGAUUGCCCAAAUGUCACUGCAUUUCUCGAUCCAGAGAAUAUUGUACUUGAAUCGAGUUUCUUUUUCAUCUCUAAUAGAAAAUGUCUAUGGCUCCAUCUCGUAUUCAUCAAGUAGUUACACAACUCUAGAUAAUACCAUUUACGUAACGAAAUCUGUACAGCAGAUACCGAUCUUCUGAAUCUGUAAGACACUCUGGACUCCGAACCCCCUCCACUACUCGGAGCACAUUCCAAGCAGAUUUCGUAACAUCGAACAUCACACAUACGUGUUGAGUUUUUGAGCAUGUAAACAAGUGUUUCGUUGUUUCGCUUAAAUUGAAAGUCGAAGAAAUGUUGCUGUCUAGAAAGAGUUGUGUUUUUGUGAAGAAGUACCACAAAAAGAUAUGCAAAAGGUUUAAGUCAAUGAACACGUCAGAAUGGAAACCUACGAUAGGUUUAGAAAUUCAUGCACAAAUUGCGACAACUUCAAAAUUAUUUUCUGGAGCUUCAACAGAUUUUAAUAGUCCAAUUAAUUCUUGUGUAUCACUAUUUGAUUGUGCAAUACCAGGAACAAUGCCGGUAUUAAAUAAGAAGUGUGUAGAAACUGGAGUAUUAACUGCUUUAGCAUUGUCCUGCGAAUUACAGAAUGUUUCAAUGUUCGAAAGAAAACAUUAUUUUUAUUCUGAUUUACCUGCAGGAUUCCAAAUUACACAACACAGAAAACCCUUAGCCGUGAAUGGGGAAAUUAAUUUUAUGGUAUUUAAUCCAUCGAUACAUAAAGAACCAUAUAUGAAAUCAUCCAUGAUCAAGCAAAUACAAUUAGAGCAAGACAGUGGAAGAAGUUACCACCAUGAAGAACUUGGAAAGAGUUUAAUUGAUCUUAAUCGUUCUGGAGUGCCUUUGAUGGAAUUAGUCUUUGAACCAGAUUUAACAAAUGGGGAGGAGGCAGCAGCACUUGUAAAGGAGCUGUCAAUGAUUUUACAAUUAAUAGGCGUAUGUUCAUGUAAAAUGGAAGAGGGGGCUUUGAGAGUGGAUGCAAAUGUCUCUGUAAGCAAAGAAAAUGAACCUCUAGGCACUCGUACAGAGAUAAAAAAUAUUGGUAGCGUGCGCGCCAUUUGUAAUGCUGUUGAAUAUGAAAUAAAAAGACAAAUAUUGCUUCUACAAGAUGGAGGUCGAGUUAUUAACGAGACUCGAGCAUGGGAUGUAUUAAAAAAAAAGACAAUCAUCAUGCGUGAAAAAGAAGAUAAUCAUGACUACCGUUUUAUGCCUGAACCAAAUUUACCUCUUUUACGCAUACACGUUGAUGAAAAUACAGAAAACAAGUAUAAUUUUGUUGAUGGGCCGGCAAUGAAAAAGCAAGUGCCUGAAUUGCCAGGAGAAAUAAGGAAAAAAUUGAUGGAUUCUUGUCUCACACCUCAUAUGAUCUUAGCAGUAAUGAGUGAUCUAGAAAUAUUAGAAUUAUUUCGUACUUUAAUAAAAAAAGAUAAAAAUCGUAUCCCACAAUUAACAGCACAAGUUAUGUUAACUCACUUCAUAGGUUUUAUACAACACAAUAAAUUGGAUAUCAAAUUUGUCAUGGACAAUAUAGAUCAUUUUGGACAGAUGGUGGACUUAUUGCAAAAUAAACAGAUAAAUCACAACAUAUUGCAUAAAGUAUUAAAAAUAUUCUUCGAGAAGCAAGAAAAAGAACCGAAACAGAUCGUAGAGGAGAAUAAUUGGUUCAUGAUCACGGAUGAAAAAGAAUUGGAGAAAUUGUGUUUGGAUAUAAUGAACAAAAAUCCAAAACUCGUUGCAAAAUUUAAGCGCGGGAAAACGAAAGUAUUUUCAAAAUUUGUACAUGAAGCACUUAAGGCUACCAAUGAAUGCGCAGACACACCUAAAAUUACAAAAAUAUUUUCCAGAUUGUUGGGUUAAUCGAAUAGGUUGUACAGUUUUGUAAAAUAUGGUGUUUCAAAUAAUAACUCUAUAAAUAAUUGAA